CGAUCAGCUGAUUACGAAUCUUAACAAGAACAAGAUUUUUAUCAGUUUCCCAAUGUCGCGUUCCAUUCCAAGCUUUUUGUAGUUUUUAAUUUUAAAUUUCCAUCGAAAACGGAACGCGACGUUCGGAAACUGAUAACACUUGUUCUGAAUUAGGUUCAUAGCUCCGUUUAGAAUACGGAUUUGAAAAAAAACAUCGAAGCUAUAGUUAUACAGAAGUCAAAAGCUAUCAUAAACUCAGAUAUUCUGUGGUUUAAAAAGGGACCUUCGUUAAUAACAAAUUAAGUUUUUGAGGUUAUAUUUUGUUAUGACACGUGCAAUCUUGGCAAAAAUUGUUUUAUUUUAGAAUGGAUGGAAUAAGAGUUGAAGGAAAAAAGAAAAAAAAGCUCACGAAGGAAGAAGUUAAAAUAAGGUUACGGGAACGAAAGAAAGAAGCUGCACGCUUAUUAAAAGAAAAAAGAGCACGUCUUGUUGUAAAGAAUUUAUCAUUUAAAGUAACUCCAGAAAAACUGAAAGAACAUUUUGAAAAAUAUGGUGAAGUAAAAUCAGUUGAUUUACUUAAAAACUCUGAGGGUAAACUUAAAGGCUGUGCCUUCAUUCAAUUCGAUCUAGUGCAGAAAGCAGCAAAAGCUAGACAUCAUACAAAUGAUACAAAUUUCUUAGGUAGGAAAAUUUCUGUUGAUUUUGCAAAACCUAAAAAUAAAUACAUAAAAGAAAAAAAAUCAGUUGAAAUAAAGAAUGAGGAUGGGACUACUGAGAUUAUUGAAAUUAAAGAUGAAGUGAGUGAAUAUAAUAUACCUGAAGAAAACGAUGAUAAGAAGGUUAUUAAAAGUGAAAGUGAUACAGAAACAAGUGCCAACUCUGAAAAUGAAGAUUUAGUUGAUGAAAGAGAGAAAAAUUCAGAUGAUGAAAGUGAGGACAAUUUAGGUGAUGAAAGUGGGGACAAUUUAGAUGAUGAAAGUGAUGAAAAGAAAGUACCAAAGCAUAACACUAAUAAGCCUCAUAUAAUUUCACAUGAUGUCAAUGAAGGAAAAACAGUGUUUAUAAAAAAUGUUCCAUUUGAUGCAAAUAACAACGACUUGAGACAGUGCAUGAUGCAGUUUGGACCUGUUUAUUAUGCUCUUAUAUGUGUUGACAAACUUACAGAACAUUCCAAGGGUACUGCCUUUGUAAAAUUUGUGAAUAAAGAGGAUGCUGAAAAGGCCUUGAAUGCUGGUACAGAACUAAAAUUGUUGGGAAAUAUAUUAGACUGCCAUCCAGCCAUAGACCGAGAUGAUAUUAAUAAGAAUAUUAAAAAUAAAAAAGAAAAUAAAAUGCAGCCUAAGGAUUCCAGGAAUCUUUACCUAGUUAAAGAAGGGGUGAUAUUGGCUGGUCACAAAGCAGCAGAAGGUGUAUCAGCAGCAGAUAUGGCUAAAAGGUUACAAAUUGAACAGUAUAAAACUCAAAUGUUAAGAAAUCUCAACAUGUUUGUAUCAAAAGAACGUUUAGUGGUACACAAUCUACCACCUAGCUGGGAUGAUAAGAAAUUGAAGACACUUUUUCAAAAAUAUGGUGGACCUGGAGUUGUUAUUAGAGAAGCAAGAAUAAUGCGAGAUAUGAAAAUCAUAGAUGCCAAUGGUGUUGGAAAAUCUAAAGAAUAUGGUUUUGUCACUUUCACUAAACAUGAAAAUGCUCUGGCUGCUUUGAGAAACUUGAACAAUAACCCAGAAAUAUUCUCUGAACAUAAACGACCAAUAAUAACUUUCAGUAUAGAAAAUAAGAGUAUUAUUAAAGCUAGGGAGAAAAGGUUAGAGAAAUCUAAACAGUAUAACCCGCUGAGUAAAUCAUUUAAACCAGAAGGAAAUGAAAAGAUAUUUAAAAGAAACGGUAAAAUAUCUAGAAAAACUUUCGACAAAAACAAAAAACCAAAUACCAGUCAACUUGAAGAUGAUUUACCGAAAUUUGGUGGGGUAACGGCAAAGCCGGGUACAAAAGAUAAAUUGAGAAGUAGAUAUAAGUUAGUUAAUCAGGCCAAAUUGCACCACGAAAACCUGAAAAAAGAAAAGAAAAGGAAAAAAACUGCUAAAAAAUCUUUAGCAGAGAAGAGAAAAGAAUUUAUCAAACAACCAAAACAUAAAAUGAACCAAGUGAUUGUAAAAGACAAUUUUUCAAAACUUGUAAGUAAUUAUAAGAAAAUACUUACUAAUGCAAACGUAGGGAAAAAAUCUAAGUGGUAUGAAGAGUCGUAGAUAUUAUAGUGUUUUUGAAAUAAUACAAAGUUUUAAAUAGAUAAAACCAUACUUUGUUAAAAUGAAAUUUUUAAAACAAUUAUUUAUUUGUUGUGCAAAAUUUAAAUAAAUAUUCAAUUAACUAAAAG